AUGACGGCGGGCGCAAGGGGGGCUGUGUACCCCGUCCCCCUUUUAAAGCGACCACAGGAGACGUCUGGAGGAGCGGCUAGUGGAAGUGUUAAAGACACCUUUGUUGGAGCCAGAAAUGGACAAUACAGGCUUUUAAAAAUAGUCAUUGACAAUGAGCAGCUUGUUGUGGGAUCCUCUAGGCAGCCAGUUGGAUCAUGGGAAAAGGAUUAUGAUUCCUUUGUCCUUCCCCUUCUUGAAGACAAGCAACCAUGUUAUAUAUUAUACAGACUAGAUUCUCAGAAUGCUCAAGGAUAUGAAUGGAUCUUCAUUGCAUGGUCACCUGAUCACUCUCCUGUUCGUCAAAAAAUGUUGUAUGCAGCAACACGAGCUACACUUAAGAAAGAAUUUGGAGGUGGUCAUAUUAAGGAUGAAGUAUUUGGAACGGUACAGGAUGACGUUUCACUGAAUGGAUAUAAAAAAUAUUUGAUAUCACAGUCCUCCCCUGCACCUCUGACUGCAGCAGAAGAGGAACUUCGACAAAUUAAGAUUAACGAGGUACAGACGGACAUUGGCGUAGAUACCAAGCAUCAAACGUUGCAAGGAGUAGCAUUCCCCAUUGCUAAAGAAGCUAUUCAGGCUUUGGAGAAAUUGAAAAAUAAGAAACUCAAUUAUGUACAACUGCAAAUUGAUAUGAAAAACGAAACUAUUAUUUUGGCCAACACACUUCAUACUGAACUUAAGGACUUGCCAAAAAGAAUUCCAAAGGAUGCUGCGCGUUACCACUUUUUCCUGUAUAAGCAUGCCCAUGAAGGAGACUAUUUGGAAUCCAUAGUUUUCAUCUACUCUAUGCCAGGGUACACCUGUAGUAUACGAGAACGAAUGCUCUACUCUAGUUGCAAAAGUCCACUGUUAGAAAUUGUAGAAAGACAGUUGUGGAUGCCGAUAAUUAGAAAGAUUGAAAUAGAUAAUGGUGAUGAGUUAACUGCUGACUUUCUUUAUGAAGAGGUUCAUCCAAAACAACAUGCUCACAAACAAAGUUUUGCUAAACCAAAAGGUCCUGCAGGGAAGAGGGGAAUACGAAGACUGAUUAGAGGUCCAGCAGAGACUGAAACUCCUAGUGAUUAGAAACUGUUGUUUGCAUUUGUUAUAAAGUAUUACAGUAAGAAAUGAAAUUCUGGCUUUUGGUAAUGAACUGAAAUCAUUCCAUUCAUAGAUGCUAGGGGAAAAAAAAAGGCUGUUUUUACUCUUCUCUCUUCUGACCUCAACACUUCUUAUAUUGUUACAGGAUUAUAUUUGUUGACUGUGUUUUAUGACAUGUGGAAGAGCUAAUUAUUUCAAAGCUAGAAGAGGAAAACUAAGCUAGUACCCCUUUAUUUUAAAUUAGAAUCC